GUAAUGCACCAAACAACCUUCUUUGCCAAUUCAUUUGAAGAAGUGCUUCAUAAAUUUGACCUAUCUAAUAACAAAUGUCCCUUGUGUGAAGAAAAUGAAAUUUCCUAUAAAACAGAUCUAAAGAAGCAUUUGAACUAUGUACAUUUCCGUUACGCAAUUUUUCAAAAAGUUGAUGGGAAGCAAGGAAUUAUUUUACCAUGCCGGCGAAGCUGCUUUAAUCGAAUUAGCCUAAAAGAAGUGAAGCGCAGUCAUUAUCAUUGUCCAUUUUGUCAACGUUGCUACGGGCGAGGCAAUUCAUUUAAAGUUCACUUGAAGUCGCAGGAAGGGAGAUGCAGCUUGGUGAAAAAGAAUGAAUCUGAGGGUAUGUCAAACCAGGAAUUGGAGGUUUGGAUUGGCACUGAAGACCAAGACCAACCUGAUGACAUUUACUUGGCAGAUGGCAGUAUGUCUGCAGAUAUGUAUAGUGGACAUACAGAUAAUUCAACCUAUUCACCAAAUAAAACCAUGUCAAAGAGUCCUGUACAUCAUUAUGAUGCAACACCCAGCUACAUGGUUCCAUCAAAAAGAAAGAGACAUUCUGUAAGCAAUGAAUUUGAAAGUCAUACCAAUCUAUCUAUAGCUGAAAGGAAGUUUGAUAACGUCAUUGGAACAAACUCAAAUGAUGCAGACGAUUUAUUUUUUGCGUCAAUUGCUGCAGAAGUUAAGACAUUACCUAAAAAGACAAAAUCUGAUUUAAAGCUAAAAAUACUUUCACUUGUAAAUGAUUCUGUUCAAUCUCUUGAAAAUAAUUUUGAAAUUGGAAUAUCUAGUUAACAUAGCAUGCGUGAUUGCGUGUUUACUUGUGUGGUAUUAAUGUUAUGUUGUGGUUGCAUAUAAAUUCGUUAUGUAUGUCACUGUCCGUGGUUCUUAAUCUUGUGCAACAAACCAAAAUAAUAACAACAAAAGUGAAGAUUUGGUAAACCAACUACAUUUAACAAAACUUUAUGCUAGCUUACCUACAACACAUUAAACUAUUGGUCUUCGUAUCUGUAUUUAAAAAAAACUUCAACAUCCAUCCAAUAUUGGCCUGCUAAAUGUGAGCAGUAAACCUUUCCGAAUUUUAUUGUUUUCUUUUUCAAUACUUAGGUUACAGGUUUUUCAAACAUUCCAAAAUGAAGCAAAGUUAUUUCUGUUUGGUAUUGCUUGCCUGCCUUGCGUUUGUGUGGUCGAAGCAAAACAAGAAGACUUUGGUUUUAUAUGACAAUUCUGAUAUCAAAACUACUCAUUCAAUAUUCUUCAAAUCUUUGUCGGACAGAGGUUUUGAUUUAACGUUCAAAUCCGCUGAUGAUGCCAGCUUGGAGUUGAUCAAAUAUGGGGUGCAACUUUAUGAAAAUCUUAUUAUAUUUUCCCCAUCAGUUGAAGAUUUUGGUGGUGGCAUCAAAGUUUCAACAAUCACAGAUUUUGUAGAUGGUGGAGGUAAUGUUUUGGUAGCAGCUGAUUCAAGCAUCGGUGAUCCGAUCAGAGAACUUGCUUCUGAAUGUGGAGUGGAGUUUGAUGAGGAGCGAACCAAAGUUAUCGAUCAUCAUAACUUUGAUGAAAGUGAUAGAGGAUCGCAUACAAAACUUGUUGUUGAUCCGAGCAACCUCAUUAAAUCUGAAAACAUUGUGGGGAAACCAAAAUCACCAAUCUUAUUUAAUGGAAUCGGGAUGGUACUUGAUCAGGAAAACCCACUUGUUCUACCAAUAAUGAAAGGUUCAGCAACUUGCUACUCCUACUUUACUGAUGACAAAAUUGAACAAUAUCCUCUUGGAGUUGGUACAAACACUGUGUUAGUUGCAGGAUUACAGGCUCGCAACAAUGCACGUCUUGUAUUUGCUGGUUCACUUCAAAUGUUCAGUGAUGAUUAUUUGACUUCUGGAGUUAAACAGGAUUCACCCGGUUCAAAGGCGUUUGCAAAAUCUGGCAAUGCUGACUUUGUAAUCACCCUUUCUAAGUGGGUGUUUUCAGAAAGUGGUGUGUUACGAGUUGGAAAGAUUAAUCAUCAUAAAUUGGGAGAGAAAGUCGCACCUGAUGCUUACACCAUCACAGAUAUGGUGCACUUCAGCAUUGUAAUCGAAGAACGUACUAUUGAUGGAAAAUGGAAGCCGUUCAAGGGUGAUGAUGUCCAGAUGGAAUUUGUUAGGAUUGAUCCGUUUGUGAGAUUACCCAUCAAACUCAAUCCAAAACUUGGAGCUUUUACCAUUGAUUUUAAACUACCCGAUGUGUAUGGUGUUUUCCAAUUUAAAAUUGAUUACUCCAGAUUAGGAUACACAUUUUUAAAGAGUGCCACUCAAGUUUCUGUUCGCCCAUUGCAGCACACUCAGUAUGAGAGAUUUAUAUCAUCUGCAUACCCAUAUUAUGCCAGUGCAUUCAGCAUGAUGCUUGGUGUUGUUAUCUUCUCUGUGUUCUUCCUUUACCAUGAUGAUGCAAAGAAAGUCAAAUCUGAAUAAAUGGCAUAAAAUAUAUUUAAGAAUUUUCAAAGGAAAAGUCCUUUUUAUAAAUAUUUUUGGACUUGCGGGUAUUGGUUGAAACUAAUGUAGGAACAAAAUUGUCACUCUUGUUUCACAUGUUUAGGAAGUUUACUUCUGUGAUAUGAUGUGAACUCUUUCUUGUAAUUUCCUGUGUUUGUAGAUCUCUUUACUACUUCGAAGCAAUACAAAUUGUGGCAACGUC